AUGGCUCGAAAUAAUCAGAAUUUGAUAUGGAUGGAAUGUUCAGGUGCCACAGAACACCUCAGGUGGCACAGAACACAUCAGGUGGCACAGAACACAGGUGGCACAGAACACAGGUGGCACAGAACACAUCAGGUGGCACAGAACACAUCAGGUGGCACAGAACACAUCAGGUGGCACAGAACACAUCAGGUGGCACAGAACACAUCAGGUGGCACAGAACACAUCAUGUGGCACAGAACACAUCAGGUGGCACAGAACACAGGUGGCACAGAACACAUCAGGUGGCACAGAAUACAUCAGGUGGCACAGAACACAGGUGGCACAGAACACAGGUGGCACAGAACACAGGUAGCACAGAACACAUCAGGUGGCACAGAACACAUCAGGUGGCACAGAACACAUCAGGUGGCACACAACACAUCAGGUGGCACAGAACACAUCAGGUGGCACAGAACACAUCAGGUGGCACAGAACACAGGUGGCACAGAACACAUCAGGUGGCACAGAACACAUCAGGUGGCACAGAACACAUCAGGUGGCACAGAACACAGGUGGCACAGAACACAUCAGGUGGCACAGAACACAUCAGGUGGCAAAGAACUCAGGUGGCACAGAACUCAGGUGGCACAGAACACAGGUGGCACAGAACACAUCAGGUGGCACAGAACUCAGGUGGCACAGAACACAGGUGGCACAGAACACAUCAGGUGGCACAGAACACCUAAGGUGGCACAGAACACAUCAGGUGGCACAGAACACAUCAGGUGGCACAGAACACAUCAUGUGGCACAGAACACAGGUGGCACAGAACACAGGUGGCACAGAACACAGGUGGCACAGAACACAUCAGGUGGCACAGAACACCUAAGGUGGCACAGAACACAUCAGGUGGCACAGAACACAUCAGGUGGCACAGAACACAUCAGGUGGCACAGAACACCUCAGGUGGCACAGAACUCAGGUGGCACAGAACACCUAAGGUGGCACAGAACACAUCAGGUGGCACAGAACACAGGUGGCACAGAACACCUGAGGUGGCACAGAACACAUCAGGUGGCACAGAACACCAAAGCGGCACAGAACACAUCAGGUGGCACAGAACACCUCAGGUGGCACAGAACACCUCAGGUGGCACAGAACUCAGGUGACACAGAACACAUCAGGUGGCACAGAACACAUCAGGUGGCACAGAACACAUCAGGUGGUACAGAACACAUAAUGUGGCACAGAACACAUCAGGUGGCACAGAACUCAGGUGGCACAGAACUCAGGUGGCACAGAACUCAGGUGGCACAGAACUCAGGUGGCACAGAACUCAGGUGGCACAGAACUCAGGUGGCACAGAACUCAAGAGGCACAGAACACAUCAGGUCGCACAGAACACAUCAGGUGACACAGAACUCAGGUGGCACAGAACACAGGUGGCACAGAACACCUAAGGUGGCACAGAACUCAGGUGACACAGAACACCUGAGGUGGCACAGAACACAUCAGGUGGCACAGAACACAUCAGGUGGCACAGAACUCAGGUGGCACAGAACACAGGUGGCACAGAACACAUCAGGUGGCACAGAACUCAGGUGGCACAGAACACAGGUGGCACAGAACACAUCAGGUGGCACAGAACUCAGGUGGCACAGAACACAGGUGGCACAGAACACAUCAGGUGGCACAGAACACAUCAGAACACAUCAGGUGGCACAGAACACAUCAGGUGGCACAGAACUCAGGUGGCACAGAACACAGGUGGCACAGAACACAUCAGGUGGCACAGAACUCAGGUGGCACAGAACACAGGUGGCACAGAACACAUCAGGUGGCACAGAACACAUCAGGUGGCACAGAACUCAGGUGGCACAGAACUCAGAAUAUAAAGCUAUGACGCUGGCUUACACAUAUUCAGAAUAUAAAGCUAUGACGCUAACACAUUCAGAAUAUAAAGCUAUGACGCUGACUUUCACAUAUUCAGAAUAUAAAGCUAUGACGCUAACACAUUCAGAAUAUAAAGCUAUGACGCUGACUUUCACAUAUUCAGAAUAUAAAGCUAUGACGCUGACUCACACAUUCAGAAUAUAA